CAAUUGGCCUGAUUGGCUAGGGGAGCGGGAGGCUCCAGCCAAUCGGGCGGGGCGCGAUGCCCGGGCCCGCUUGGGAGAGCUGCUGCUGCUGGUGGGCGCGAGGAGGGCGCUGUCCAUCGAGCGGUGGUGCUGAUUGCGCGGGGAGGGGCCAGCAUGGGGCGGCCUCGGUAGCAGGGGCUCCUUCCCUCCUUGCCUUGCCCGCCUCCCUCCUCCUCCUCCGCGGCGCCAUGGCCUCCUCCUCCUCCUCCUCCUCCUCGUCCUUCCUGCUGCUGUUGCUGCUGCUCCUCUCGGCGGUUGCAGGGGUCCCUCCACCAGCGGGGGCUGCGCGCUCGCUCCCGGCCGUGGAGUCCUUGCUGGAGCAGUUCCGCCGGCAGCAGCAGCAGCAGCAGGAGGAGGAGCCUUCGGGGCCCGGGACGAAGCAGGAGGCGGCGGAGAGCGGCCGGUGCGCCACGGGAGGCGCCUUCUCCUCCCGGCCGGACUCCAUCAUCCGCACCAAGGACUCGCUGGCGGCGGGAGCCACCUUCCUGGGCUCCCCGGGCGCCGUGGAAGGAGCGCGCCAGUGCCUGGAGGCCUGCUGCGCCCGGGAGUCCUGCACCCUGGCCGUCCUCCAGCGCGCCCCGCCGCCCUCCCCGCCCGCCGCCCCCCGGUGCUACCUCUUCAACUGCACCUUCCGCGGGCGCCACGUCUGCCUCUUCGCCCCGCAGCCGGGCUACCACAGCUACGCCCGCGAGCAGCCCCGCGGCCCCGAAAUCGAUGAGCCUCCCCUCAGCAAAGCAGGUACAGAUGUUAUCCUUCAGUUGCCUGUUGACUGGGUGAUUCUGGAUGGCCGGGAAAGUAUGGAUGACCAUGGAAUUAUACAGUAUGAAUGGACUUUGCUUCAGGGUGCCUCAUCAUUUGAUAUGAAGGUACCUCAGCCUGGAACACUGAAGCUUUCUCACUUGCAGGAAGGUAAAUACAUCUUACAGUUGACUGUGACUGACACCGCUGGCCAAAGGAGCUCUGAUAAUGUCUCAGUGACAGUGCUUCCCAGAUUAGGAUGUUCUGGGAGUUGUUCACGCUACCAGUUCCUUUGUGAUGAUGGCUGCUGUAUUGACAUCACCUUUGCCUGUGAUGGCCUGGAGCAGUGUCCUGAUGGAUCUGAUGAAGCUUUUUGUCAGAAAUUUGAUUCGGGACCAAAGAAAACAACUCAUACGGCCAUUAGCUCUCUUCAGCAAAAUAGCAUUGAAUUAACUAAGGACACCAACAAGGAACUUGCAUUUGAAAUCUCCCAGAAAGCUGCUGAAGACAGUCAAGCACCUGAUGCAGACAAGUUUGACGAAUCGCCCUCUCAGGAAGCAAAGAAAAAAACUACUGGAUCUGUGCCAGAGCAGUGCUUGUUUUCCCCUGAUGCUGGUCCAUGUAAUGAGCACUUUCCUCGCUGGCAUUUUGAUGAUAUUUUGGGUACUUGUAUACAUUUCAUCUAUGGUGGCUGCAAAGGCAAUGGAAACAACUUCCUUCAAGAAUCUGACUGUCUUGCUGAAUGUGUAAACGUUCAUGGUUCUAGAACCUCAGGGAAAGACACAGAUGAAAAGAAUGAAGAUGACAUUGUGUCAUUAAAGGGCACACAAACUGAAAAAAGCCAUCCAGUCCCAGAAGCAGGCGCAGUACUGCCUUUAGCCUUGGGACUGGCCAUCACUGCUUUGCUGCUGCUCAUGGUAGUUUGCCGAUUACGUUUAGUGAGACACAAACUUAAGAAAGCCCGGCCCAUUAUGUCAGAGGAAUCGGAUUACCUCAUAAAUGGGAUGUAUCUCUAAAGGAGGAUUCAGGUUAUUUCCCUUCUCUCAAGCUUUCCAAAAGAAAGUGUGCCUCUUGCAUUUUUUAACAACAACAUAUUUUUGAUGAAGAAGGAUCAGCCAUCUUCUGAAACUUUCUUUUGAAGUCUGUGGCAAACUAAAUGUGUAUAGUUGCAACAGCAUACUGAAUUGCUUCCCUGCCAGAGUUCUGGGACUGUCUUGAUUGGCAGUACGAUGGGUUUCUGACUUCUUAUUUUCUGUGUCUGUAGCUAUCUCACAAAAUCUUUUACUGCGAUUUCACCGUGCAGUAAUGUUACUGGAACUUCUUGUAUGGUUUCUGAUAGGCUUUUAGAACUCCUAAACCUGCUGCCUGCUCUUUAUGCUCCAUCUUCUCCCUGAUUUAUAAUAUAGCUUUGUGCAACCUGACAACACCAAUUAGAAUCCCAGUGUCAGUUUCUGGGAUUGUUGUGCUAGUGUAAGCAGUGAGAUCCUACUGCCAGUAGAUGGAAUGCAUCAGGCCAUGGAUUGUUCCAUUAAUCAUAUUAGAUCAGAGGUGGGAAUUGUUUGAGUGCAACUCCCAUUAGCCCUAGUCAGCAUAGCCAUUGGUGAGAAAUACUCGGAGUUGCAAUUCUGUGAUAUCUAGAAUGUUGCACAAUUCCCAUCACUGUACCACUAGGUGCAUAUUAUUUGCUACUGCAUUGGCCGCAGUGUCUGGUGUUAAGUUAGAGAGUACCCCCCCCCCCAUAAGGAUAUUUCAUCACUAAUUUUACCUCUUUAUGGGAUUUUUUAAAAUUACUCGGCAUUGCUAUCAGUUCAAGAGAUGUCAAACUACAACAGUGUUUCCCAGCCUUUGGCUCUCCAAGUGUUUGGGUCUUCAACUCCCAGAAGACCCAAUCAGCUCGGCUAGCUGUCAGGGAUUUUGGAGCUGAAAUACCAAAUUCCUGGGAAUCAUUGAACAAGAAUUGUGUUACUGCUCAUGGACAUUACUGUAUUUGGCAAGCUGCUUCUGUGGGGUAUUUUGGCUUAAAUCCAACUCAAUCUUUCAGGCAUGCCUGUGUUGAUUUACUAUUCAUUUACUGGUUCAGUGGGUCUAUUUCAGUUGGAAAUUGAAUUCAGACCUUAGAUUGUGAGCUCUUAUUCCAGUUUACAUAUCCAGAGGCCACAAGCAGACUUGAAAAUUUCCUAGUUAAACUAUGUUGGGUUAGAAAUGGAACAGUUUUGUCAUAACGUAGCAAACCCGAUGUCUGGCAGUGUUUUGCUUUACUGUUCUGUGCUGUUAGUUUCUGCUGCAUUGAAAGCUGUAAAUGGGGAAUGGUCUUAAAACGACCCAUCACCUAUUAAACUACAGCUCCCAGCAUCCACAAAACCACAAAAUUCUUACACAUCCAUAGAUCCCGUUAAAUGAUCCAUGGAAAAGCUGUGCUAAUCUUAGCUUGUAUCCUGGGAGCCUUCGUUGUUGUUCUUCAUAUUUAUUCUUGUUAAACUUCUCUCCUCCUGUCUUUGCCCCAAGAAAUGACAAUUCCUUCGUGCUGUUCUAAACUAAGUAUGUAACAGUCAACUUUGAAUCUACCUAAGAUCUCUUUGACAGAUUCGUGUCUUCUCAGGUUUAUACUUCAUUCCUCCAAUUUGAGAGCUUAUUUUUUUUCUUAGUCCUGUAUUUUUCAGAUUUUGAAAAAAGGGGCCAUGAUCAAAUUAAUAAUAGUGUUUACCUGGCUACUCAGUUACCAAUUCACAUAUUCAAAAAGAAAAUGCUGAAAGAUACUUUCUUUUUCUUGUUAUAAGUACUUCAGAGCUUAUAAAUCACAACACAGAAGUCCUGGCAUUUAGUAAGGUGAAACCCUCAUCAGUCCAAAUUGAGGUGGUAGUGGAAUAUAUGGGUCAUUAAAGACAGCCAUUAAGGUGCACUGGGAGCCCAGUGGUGCAAUAGGUUAAACCUUUGUACCAGCAGGACUGAAGACCAACAGGUCAGAGGUUCGAAUCCAGGGAGAGCAUGGAUGCUCUCCUUCUAUCAGCUCCGGCUUCCCAUGUGGGGACAUGAGAGAAGCCUCCCACAAGGAUGGCAAAACACCAAAAACAUCAGAGCAUCCCUUGGGCAACGUCCUUGCAGACAGCCCAUUCUCUCAAACCAGAAGCAACUUGCAAUUUCCCAAGUCUCUCCUGACACGAAAAAAGGUGCACUUAAAAUAAUUCAUUCUACAGAUCGUCCCAUGAAUAAAAAUAUAUAUCUAACAGUGUGGAGAAAUACUGUAGCCAGUUUGCCCUCUGCUAUGCUGCUUUUCUAAUUGUACCAUUUUGUUCUUUAUUUUAUUUGUAAAAAAGUUAAUAUGAAAUAUGUGGUAUCUACUUUCUUUCUGGAGUGGUACUUCCAAUUCUGAUACAGUCCAAGUUUCCAGUUCAACAAUUCACUCCAUUGUUUCUGUGGACAAUGGGUUUGUCAUUUAAUCUUGAUGACAACACUGCCUAAUUGGAUCUUCACAGCAGAUAAGAUUCAGUAACUAUACCAAUUAAGUGCUUGUCCAUUCGUCUAAAACUAUUGACUGCGUUGUAAGAAGCGUUAUACAGUGAAGUGUGUGAUCUGUGUAAGUUAUUGUAUGUGAACUCUCUACUUUAUCCAACUUUAUAAAUGCAUUACAGAGGGCCCAGGUAAAAAUCAUUACAGAAAAGACACACAACUAUUUGGUAUGCUUUCUUUAUAUUAAUCAAAUAACUUACCACAGACUCCUAAAUUGCCAAUUUCCCAAUCCAAAUGUGUGAAGAAAAAUAAACCUAUUUUAUUCUUGA